GCUGUAGUCGCAUAGGCCGCAGCAGCAGUAAUCCGCGCUGUAUGGGCUCGUAGUCCAGUAUUAUCGGGAUUACCCGUCCCCCGCUCUUCUGGAGCAGCGACCACCGAUCCGGCAGAAGGAUGCUGAAGGCCAAGGUGCUGAUUGUUGGACCCAGUGAGUGUGGAAAGACAACUUUGUCCAACUUUUUAGCUGAUGCCACAGAAAAUAUUGGUGGAGAAUACAGUCCAACCCAAGGUGUGAGGAUACUAGAGUUUGAAUGCCCAAAUGUAAAUGGAAACAAAGGACCUGGAUGUGAAGUGGAGCUUUGGGACUGUGGAGGAGAUCACAAGUUUGAAAGUUGCUGGCCUGCGUUAAUGAAGGAUUCCCACGGGGUCAUUAUUGUAUUUAAUUCAGACAUUCCAAGUCACCUGAAAGAGAUUGAAAUAUGGCACAGUAACUUUAUCCAUCAGCAGCGCUUCCAAGAUAACCAGUGCCUCCUGAUCGCACAUCUCAAGCCUGGAUCAGGAGACCAAACCGAGAAACCAGAGCUAUCCUCAGCUUUAGCCAAGUUACCUUUGGUACAUUCCAAUCUAGAAGAAGAUCCUGAGGAUGUCAGACUGGAAUUUGUAAAAUAUCUCCGAGGUGUCAUCAGCUCAUUGUCAGAGAGUAGAGACCGGGAAGAAAUGUCUAUUAUUACAUAACAUUACUUUAUGACGCAAAAACUCAGGCCUUUUACUCACGUGUUUCCUUAUUCAGACCCAGACUUAGAAAGAAAACAACAGGAUGCUUCAUCGAGCAUAGCAAAGGCUAUUCACUGUUCUUACUAGGAAAUAACAUUCUGUAUUUUAUAGUUGGAAAUCUUAAAAUAUUUUAUUAUGACCAAUGUUUGUAUCAUACAAAAAUAUAUGUAUAGUAUUGUCCUUUAUGAAAAAAAAAAAAUUUAAUGCAUAGAAAGUUUCCAAAUGAAGAGAUAAAAUAGAGACAGCCUGUAUACACUACUUCAUUUCCUAUUUUCUAUAAUACUCUACCAGAUCUGCAAUUGUUAAAGCGAACCUGUCACCACAAAAUGCAAAGCAAUCAGCAGGAGGAGCUGAGCAGAUUGAUAUAUAUGUAUAUAUAUUUUUUUUUAGCUAUCUCUGUUUACGCACUUAC